GUUGCCAGGGCUACUUGUGUUGAGUGAGAUGCAGAUCUUUGUGAAGACGUUGACUGGGAAGACGAUCACGUUAGAGGUUGAGCCUAGUGACACUAUUGAGAAUGUGAAGGCGAAGAUUCAAGAUAAGGAAGGCAUUCCUCCUGACCAACAACGUUUAAUUUUUGCUGGUAAGCAAUUGGAAGAUGGUCGUACGUUGUCUGACUACAACAUCCAGAAGGAGUCUACUCUACAUCUUGUUCUGCGUCUACGUGGUGGUAUGCAGAUCUUUGUGAAGACGUUGACUGGGAAGACGAUCACUUUAGAGGUUGAGCCUAGUGACACUAUUGAGAAUGUGAAGGCGAAGAUUCAAGAUAAGGAAGGCAUUCCUCCUGACCAACAACGUUUAAUUUUUGCUGGUAAGCAAUUGGAAGAUGGUCGUACGUUGUCUGACUACAACAUCCAGAAGGAGUCUACUCUACAUCUUGUUCUGCGUCUACGUGGUGGUAUGCAGAUCUUUGUGAAGACGUUGACUGGGAAGACGAUCACUUUAGAGGUUGAGCCUAGUGACACUAUUGAGAAUGUGAAGGCGAAGAUUCAAGAUAAGGAAGGCAUUCCUCCUGACCAACAACGUUUAAUUUUUGCUGGUAAGCAAUUGGAAGAUGGUCGUACGUUGUCUGACUACAACAUCCAGAAGGAGUCUACUCUACAUCUUGUUCUGCGUCUACGUGGUGGUAUGCAGAUCUUUGUGAAGACGUUGACUGGGAAGACGAUCACUUUAGAGGUUGAGCCUAGUGACACUAUUGAGAAUGUGAAGGCGAAGAUUCAAGAUAAGGAAGGCAUUCCUCCUGACCAACAACGUUUAAUUUUUGCUGGUAAGCAAUUGGAAGAUGGUCGUACGUUGUCUGACUACAACAUCCAGAAGGAGUCUACUCUACAUCUUGUUCUGCGUCUACGUGGUGGUAUGCAGAUCUUUGUGAAGACGUUGACUGGGAAGACGAUCACUUUAGAGGUUGAGCCUAGUGACACUAUUGAGAAUGUGAAGGCGAAGAUUCAAGAUAAGGAAGGCAUUCCUCCUGACCAACAACGUUUAAUUUUUGCUGGUAAGCAAUUGGAAGAUGGUCGUACGUUGUCUGACUACAACAUCCAGAAGGAGUCUACUCUACAUCUUGUUCUGCGUCUACGUGGUGGUAUGCAGAUCUUUGUGAAGACGUUGACUGGGAAGACGAUCACUUUAGAGGUUGAGCCUAGUGACACUAUUGAGAAUGUGAAGGCGAAGAUUCAAGAUAAGGAAGGCAUUCCUCCUGACCAACAACGUUUAAUUUUUGCUGGUAAGCAAUUGGAAGAUGGUCGUACGUUGUCUGACUACAACAUCCAGAAGGAGUCUACUCUACAUCUUGUUCUGCGUCUACGUGGUGGUAUGCAGAUCUUUGUGAAGACGUUGACUGGGAAGACGAUCACUUUAGAGGUUGAGCCUAGUGACACUAUUGAGAAUGUGAAGGCGAAGAUUCAAGAUAAGGAAGGCAUUCCUCCUGACCAACAACGUUUAAUUUUUGCUGGUAAGCAAUUGGAAGAUGGUCGUACGUUGUCUGACUACAACAUCCAGAAGGAGUCUACUCUACAUCUUGUUCUGCGUCUACGUGGUGGUAUGCAGAUCUUUGUGAAGACGUUGACUGGGAAGACGAUCACUUUAGAGGUUGAGCCUAGUGACACUAUUGAGAAUGUGAAGGCGAAGAUUCAAGAUAAGGAAGGCAUUCCUCCUGACCAACAACGUUUAAUUUUUGCUGGUAAGCAAUUGGAAGAUGGUCGUACGUUGUCUGACUACAACAUCCAGAAGGAGUCUACUCUGCACCUUGUCCUGCGUCUACGUGGAGGGUUUUAAUUUUAUUUCAUUUAAGGUCUGAAAUAAAUUUUAGUUUCAUUUUAGUUC